AUGCAUCGCAAUUCUGUACACAAUAUGAUUCUUAAUGAGUCGGACUCUGAUGAUGAGUUAGAGAUAGUUGCAGUACUCAAAAUGGAGGAAGAAUCAAGAUCACGUCGUGGUUCUAUGCAACGUCGUCUAUUCAUUAGGCGUAAUACUUUAGAAGGCCACCAAAGGCUUUUUCUCGACUAUUUUGCUGAAUCACCAACAUAUCCUCCCAAUGUAUUUCGAAGAAGGUUUCGAAUGAAUCGUUCUCUUUUUUUCCGUAUUCAUUCUACACUAAAAGCUCAUGAACCAUAUUUUGUUCAAAAAAGAAAUGGUGCUCGAGUGCUUGGUUUGUCCUCCUAUCAAAAGAUGACUGCUGCACUUAGAAUGCUCGCUUAUGGAGUAGCGGCUGAUUUUAUGGAUGAAUAUUGGUUACAAUUUUUUACUGAUGAGUAUUUGAGAUCACCAAACGAAAAUGACAUUGUUAGAUUGCUAACAAUUGGCCAAAGUCGUGGAUUCCCUGGGAUGUUGGGGAGCAUUGAUUGUAUGCAUUGGAAAUGGAAGAAUUGUCCAACUGCAUGGAAAGGUAUGUAUUCUGGUCAUAUUAAUGAACCUACAAUUAUUUUAGAAGCAGUAGCAUCAUAUGAUCUUUGGAUAUGGCAUGCAUUUUUUGGGUUACCGGGGUCUCAUAAUGACAUCAACGUGUUAGAACGAUCUUCUGUAUUUACCAAGCUUGCUGAGGGGCGUACUCCUUCUGUCAAUUACUCAAUCAAUGGUAAUGAUUAUACAAUGGGAUACUAUCUAGCAGAUGGUAUAUACCCACAGUGGUCAACAUUUGUCAAAACAAUUCCAUCUCCACAAGGAAAUAAGAGAAAGCAUUUUGCUACAGCUCAAGAGUCGGCAAGGAAAGAUGUAGAACGUGCUUUUGGAGUUCUUCAAGCACGAUUUGCAAUUGUACGUGGACCUGCACGUUCUUGGGAACGUGAAACACUUAAGAACAUUAUGAAGGCAUGCAUAAUACUGCAUAACAUGAUUGUUGAGGAUGAGCGAGAUGUUAAUGAAGCAGAAGACUACGACUAUGAACAAAUUGAUGAAAAUCCCCAUGUGUCUGUUUCACAUGACCAUACAACUGAACUUAUGGAAUUCAUUCGACGCCAUCAUCGCAUUAGAGAUAGAGAAACUCAUUCUCAACUACAAUCGGACCUCGUCGAGCACUUGUGGCAACUACAUAGUCAAUCAUAG